AUGAUAUUUUUUGAAUAUUUAGAAACCAGACUUUUUCUUCCAAUAUUCAAUUCCCCCGCUUUCAUCUUCCUCUAUAUUCUUCGUCCCUUUACACUUGGAUAUUCUCUCCGGCAACCACCCCUUUCUCUCGUAUCUCCCAAUUUCAUAGAGUCUAACAUGUCUGGGCUCAACAAGAAACCUCAUCAGCACAAACCUCGAUUCCCAAGUCAACCCACCUCCAAUCCAUUCGAUUCUGAUGACGAAAUCGACAAAAAAUCAACCCUAAAACCAUCAAAAAAACCCUCUUCCGAACCUUCACUAACCCCAAAUUCAAAAACCAGUCUUUUCGAUAACAAUGAAAUUAAAGUUGCCUCGAAUUCAUCCGGGUAUGCAUCAAGAAACAAAUACAAAAACGAUUUCAUUGAUUCUGGUGGUGUAGAUAACCAAAGUGUCCAAGAAUUGGAACAUUACGCUGCGUAUAAAGCUGAAGAAACUACAAAGUCUGUGCAUAGUGCAUUAAAAAUCGCAGAAGAUAUUAGAGAAAGUGCCACUAACACCAUGCUCACCUUACAUCAACAAGGUGAACAGAUUAACAGAACCCACAAUGCUGCAGCAAAUAUCGAGCAAGAUCUCAGUAGGGGAGAGAAGCUAUUGGGAAGUCUUGGAGGCAUUUUUUCUAGGACUUGGAAGCCGAAAAAGGGUCAGACUAUAAGAGGUCCUACAAGCAUCAGAGAUGAUCCUGAUAGAAGAAAGGGUAACCAUUUGGAGCAAAGAGAAAAAUUGGGACUUACAACAACUCCAAAUAAGGGAGCUUCUCGUUCAAGGGUCCCACUUCCUGAAUCCGCUGAUGCAAUGCAGAAAGUUGAGUAUGAAAAGGAGAAGCAAGAUGAUGGGCUCUCUGAGUUGAGUAACAUAUUGGGGGAACUGAAGGAAAUGGCUGUUGACAUGGGUUCUGAAAUUGAAAGGCAAGAUAAAGCCCUUAAUCCUCUUCAAGAUGAUGUUGAUGAGAUCAAUUUCAGAGUAAGAGGUGCAAAUCAACGAACUCGACGUCUUCUUGGAAAAUAAUUGAAUUCGUUUGAAUGAAUUCGGUUAUUUUUCUAUAUUUUUAUGGAAAAUAGAGAAAACAAUAUCUCCUUACUACUUCCCUUUAUGUAGAGGAUUGUUUACCUUACAGUUUUCCAAUUAACUAUUUAUAGGGUUUAUAUAUGUCUUUUCAAUGUGAUGAUGAUAUAUUAAAUGAUCAUAAUCACUUAAGAUAGUGUCACAAAAAGUUAGCUUCCA